AUUCCGGGUCAUGAGUACCUCGCCGGAAGAAUAUCACAAGAUUGAUGGUUUCAUGACUCUUCACAUAAAACACAGUUGGUUUCGAAUAACGAAAUGAGUUUUCUGCUCCCCAAGCUAACAUCUAAGAAAGAAAUUGACGAAGUUAUAAAGAACGUAGCAGAAAAGGUUUUGGUUUUACGGUUCGGAAAGGAUGACGAUUCGGUGUGUCUCCAGUUGGAUGAGAUACUGGCAAAGACCACCAAUGACCUUCGCAACAUGGCAUCAAUAUAUCUAGUUGAUGUGGACAGAGUUCAGAUUUAUGCACGUUAUUUUGACAUCAGCUACAUCCCUUCUACAGUUUUUUUCUUUAAUGGACAGCAUAUGAAGGUUGACUAUGGGUCCCCUGAUCACACAAAGUUCGUAGGGAGUUUCAAGACUAAGCAAGAUUUUAUAGACUUGAUUGAGGUCAUUUAUCGGGGAGCCAUGCGAGGAAAACUCAUCGUCCAGAGUCCCAUUGAUCCUAAAAAUAUUCCCAAAUAUGAUCUCCUCUAUCAUGGAAUAUAGUUUAUCAGAUGGUUUUUUCUUUCUAGAGCAACUGAAAGUAAUCCACACUCAGCAGUCUUUAUUUUAUAAAUGUAAUAGAGUAUUUAAGUUACAUGUAACUGAGGUCUGAGACAAGAAACAGUUCUGGGUUAUAUGCUAGGCAGUGAUCGCGUUUCUCAUUCUUAAGGCAGUAUUUGUUUCAAAAUAAAUUAUGUCCAUUCCAGCUUUGAA